AUGCGCGGUGCGAUUGCAGAUGCACGAGCAGUAUUUCGUCGAGCACGAAAACAAGGCGCACUACCACUAGAAGCUAUUGAUAGUGCGGAGGAUCAGCUGGAAAUGCGAGAAAUGCGGCGGCAACUCGAGGGUAAUGAAAACAGCGAUGACUCGUUGGAUGAGGAUGAAUUUGAUGAAAAUGGAAAACGUAUCGCAUUCACGCGAUUAAGAACCAUGGAUGGAUUCCCAGCAGCUCCUGUCGUUCGGCUACCCAGUGUGGUUGAAGAACAAGGUAGCAAAAAGCUAGAUCGAGGUCAAGGAAAACAGAAACUCAUUAACAAUGGUGUGCCAACUUUUCAGGUACUUGAAGAUGAAGAAGAGGUUAUGGAGAGCUAUUUGGAAGGUAUCUAUGAAGUUAACAAUCAUAUAGAACGAUUUUCUUUGCACGAUCCCAAUAUGGAAAAGUGGAAAGCGAGCAAAGUACCUUUGAAAAAAUUGAACAAUUGUGUAAGCAGUUUUACGGUGUACCAAGACGACGAGAACAAAGAAAACACUGACCCUCAAACAAACAAAGUAGCGAAGAAACCGGUACUAAAGCUCCGAAAAUGCUUGAUAAAAGAUAUCUCUAUCGAGGAGCAUCUUGCCAUGAUGUAUGAAAAAAACGAAGCCAAGGAGGAUGUCAAGAAAGUGGUGCGUAAAAUAAACUUCGACGAUGACGACGAUGAAUAG